CAGGGAUUGCCGCGUAUUUCAAAAUUUACUUCUCUCGUGACUUCAGCAGUGUGCAGCAUGUGAAUUGCACUUUAAACCUCAAAGCCCUGUUAUUUCUUUGGCAAUGGAGGAGGCCUUACCACUUUUGCGAGAAAAUAGCUCUAACUCUUACCGGCAGUCAAGAUGCUAUAUACCCGCUCGAUACGUUCUAGCAGCUUUGUCCUGUUCGGGUUUUUGUGUGGUGUAUCUUCUCCGAGUGAAUUUGAGCGUGGCUUUGGUGGCCAUGGUCAAUUCCACCUACGCGAACGAACAGGCGUCUGCAAAUAACCCGGAAUGUCAAAGAAAUUCUUCCACAGAUUCCGAGAAAAAGGUAAGAAGGAAAGGAGUCUAGUGUACUGUAUUUGCGACAUGGUGAUCAAUUAUCGUACGCAAGCUUGGCUAUAGACUGUUCAUAGUCCCUUAUUUUUGCGUGAGAUUGUCGAGAUAUAGCCACAGGCCGCCCAAGCACACUACAGGUACGCGUGUUGUAUUCUUUGUUGUUUUCCCGCGUCUCGCCGAAAACUCUUCAAAACUGCCUGAGACGCGGGCAAACAACAAAGAAUACUACAAGGCAAUAAGGUAAGUCAAUUUUAUUUAAACACAUAACAUGUUUUUUUCUCUUUUAAGAAAAACCGUUUACAUCCUAUACAAGCCUUUGUAAAUAACCGUAUGUAACAUAACACCGCUCGCAAGCGAGAGUCACGUCUGCGUUCCUGUAGUGAGCUUGGGACACCUGUGAUACAGCGCGUCUCAUCAUUAAUGGCGGCCAUCUUGAUUUUCAAAUGUACGGAGCGGGCGGGCGUCGGGGAUUAUAUAGCUCUAGCGGGAGGGGGCGAGAAAAAUAAAAAUAAAAACAAGUUUCUCGCUUCCUCCCAAACCACCCCCCUGCCCGCUAAGUAGUUGCAAGAUGGCAGCCCGUAACGCAAAGCCGUCGAUCUCGACGAUCGUAUGGGAAAAUAGGGGACUCUGAACAGUCUAGCAUGGCAAGGAAGAACAAUACAUCGAAGUACAGGUAUACAGGUCAAGAAUAUUGAUGUGUGUGUCACACGUUUUUUUUGCCGUUUCACGAGCCAACAACAUGCAUGAGUCAAUCACGAGCCACGAAUCAAGCGAAAACCAACCGAGUGUGUAUAAUAUGCGAGCCAGCGAGUCAUGCGAGCCAUGCGAGUCAACAAGCGAGCCAUGCCAGUCAGCAUAAAAUAACUUUGUUUUUAACGUGAACUACAAAAAAACUAGCCUCUGUGACUAAGUAACGUAUUUAUUCCAAAGGCACGUCCUUUAAAGGAGAACUGAAGUAAAAAAAUAACCAUUUUUUAAAUUAAUGCUUAAGACCCGAACAUUAAUGUUUGACGUCUUUUUUGUGAUUUUUUGCCUUUUUUCCCACUCGAAAAAAUGGUUUUGCUCGCCGUUAUGGGCCUUUAGCAUUGCGGCUCAGAAUCGGCCCGUCAGCGGUUGUUUUCGAAGCGUGUGACGUCACGUAUGGGGAAGAAACGGGAUGCUCCACAAAAAGCCUACUGAAGAACCCAAGCUCGGUGUCCAGCUGUCUUCAAGGGAAAAUUGUACCGAAAAUGCCAAGGAUAGCAUAUUCUAACAGUUUGCCACACUCUUUACUGUAUAGGCUUAAUCUUUAAAUUCGGAGAUCUCCUCGGGAUAAAAGUGUGGAUGAGGCGACGUUGGCGCGACACUGUAAACAAGAACUGCGUAGGUAACUUACGUUUACUGUACAUCUGUUUGAAAGACGUACGUGUAGCAGAAAUAUUAACAGAGUAAAAAUAUGAAAUUUGUACAUCAAGGAUUUUAAUUGCUUGCAGCAACUUGUAAGCGUCGAUUUAUUUUGUAAUUAAACAUUCUCUUCUUUACUGAUUUUGGUCAAUUAAAGUGUUCCCUUUAUUACAAGCUGUACAGGUUACAAACUUUCCCGCUGGUAGCAUUUAUUUAUUAUUUGUAGACGCACCGGCAGAAGUUGCCAUAAUUUAAUGUUUUAAUGAGGUUAUAUAGUAUGAAAGUGGAUCGUUUCGACGGUGUUCUGUGUUAUUCUCGAUCAGCUCAAAGGGCACAAUGACGGGGCACUAUUCUACAAAGCACGUUUGUUUGAUCAUGGCGCAAGUUGGCGAUAAGUGAGUCCAACCUUUCGUAAUUUUUGAGAGUUACGAGGAGAAAUUUUCCGGUAUUGCACAACGCGAACCGUAUAAAUAAAGCUAUUCGUAGCACAAGGUUUACUUUCUAUCGUUGUGUUCGUUGUCUUUCGUAGUUAGUACUGUUAUCGGGAUAUUCUAAAUCUUUCAUCAUGGUCUACUGUAGCGCUGUGGGUUGCAAUAAUGAUUCUCGAUAUGUUGGUAGAAAGCAAGGGGUAAGCUACCACAGAUUUCCCACUGAUGAUAAGCUCUUGAAAGAGUGGCUGGCGAAAUUAUCCCGGCUAGAUCUUGUUGUUACAAAAGAUUCCAGGGUAUGUUCGUUUCACUUCGAACCUGAAUGCUACGAGCGUGACCUAAAAGCAGAACUUCUUGGACUUAAAUCUACCCAACAUCAUUUGAAGCCAGAUGCAGUGCCAACAAUUUUCGACCACCGUCCGAAAAAGAAGCCGAGACUAUCAUCUGAGAGGCGCCUCCAGGAGAGAUCUAAACAAGAGGUAAGGAUUGUCAAUUCGCAUUAAAAAAAAAAAAAGAGUUUGCGAGCUGAUCUUAUGGUAGACUAUUAUCCACGGAUGUUCAUAAACACGGUCACGCAAUGUUAAAACCUGCAGUAAUGAAAAAGCCCUUUGCUGUAUUUUCUCAUUGGAAUAUUAAUCAUUUUCUAAAUCUGGGUUGGUGAUAGAGGCUAAUUCCUUCUAUUGCAGUUCAUUAGCUCUGUGACAUCCUCUCACCCUGCCCUACCUGUUGCUGUUGGAGAACCUAGUACUUCAAGUGCAUGUGAACAAACAGCCAGCCCCAGUGAACAAGUUCUUGAGGAACCUGAGAAUGUGAACAUCGCAUCGGUUCCUACUAGCUCGCCUAUAGAGACGCAUGAUUUUGGAUGUCAAGUUAACACUCGAGGAGAGAGUCUUAUGCUGAAAUCAGUAGGGACCCAAACACCUGACUUCUUUGGUCUUUGUGACCAGUACACUCAGACGGAACCAGGACUUUUUGAUGGGGAAGCCUGGUUCUUUAACACUGAAGAAGAACCAGGCAGUGAAAAUGAGAGUAUUGAAAAUGUAUCCCCUCACAAAGACCCAUCGUAUAUCCCCUCUAAAAGUGAGGAAAGUGAUGAGGAUGAGGAGGAAGAAGUUUCAAUGUCAGUACCAUCAAAGUUGAAACCUCAAACUCCCCAAAAUGAUAGCAAAUUCCUAGUAUUUAUGGAACAAUUGGAUGAACUUUUGCAUCGAUGCCCUACAUGUGGGGCAGUAGUAAGCAAAAGAGAAACGUCCACUCGGGGAAGUCAACUCUGUGUAACCCUAAAAUGUAAAAAUGGGCACAUAAAAUUUUGGAAGAGUCAACCCAUGCUCAAAGGGAUGGCUGCUGGAAACUUGUUACUGGCUUCAGCAAUUUUACUAAGUGGAGCAACGUACACAAAAAUAGUAUCUUUAUCUGAAAUUUUGAACUGGAAAAUUUUUAGUGAAAAGACAUUUUACAACAUUCAAAAUAUGUACUUAUUUCCUGUAAUUAAUGAAGCUUGGCAGGCGGAGCAAAAUUCUGUUUUCAGUGAGCUUGAAAUUGAAGACCUGUGGCUGUCUGGAGAUGGUCGAUGUGACAGUCCCGGACACAGUGCUAAAUAUGGGACAUACACCAUGAUCGAUCAAUUCAGUGACAAGAUAAUUGACUUUCAAAUUGUUCAGGUUAGUGAGGUGACCAGCAGCAACGCAAUGGAAAGGGAGGGGUUCAAAAGAUGUAUGGAGAAUAUUCAUGACAGAGGAGCCAACAUAAAAGUAGUCGCCACAGAUCGCCAUGUCAGUAUACGGUCUGAUAUGAAAAAGAAUUUUCCACAUGUACAACACCAGUUCGAUGUUUGGCAUGUAGCAAAAAGUAUCACUAAAAAACUCACAGAAAAGGCCAAGAGGAAAGAAUGUAGUGAACUUUUCCCCUGGAUCAAGUCAGUCUCUAACCAUCUUUGGUGGUGUGCAGACACUUGCGAGGGGGAUAAGAAUCUCUUACGUGAGAAGUGGAUCUCCAUUGUCCACCACUCAGCCAACAUCCACUCAUGGGGCAGUGCUGACUUGUAUCAUGAAUGUCCCCACCCACCCAUCCCUAGAGAGGAGGCAAGGACAAAGCGGUGGCUUCGUCCUGGUUCCCCUGCGCACGAGGCUCUUAAGGAGGUUGUUUUUGACAAAACCCUCCUUAAGGACAUCGAGCAAUUAACGCUAAACUGCCACACUAGAACACUGGAAGUGUACCACAGUGUACAACUGAAGUACCUUUCCAAGCGGCAGCACUUCUCAUACAAGGGCAUGGUUGCUCGCACACAGUUAGCAGCCCUCGAUCACAAUGCUAACACUGGGAGGCAGCAAGCUACUGUUUCAAGGGGCGAGAAUGAGGGGGAACUGAGGUACAAGGUUGUGUUCCCAAAGCAAACGAAGGAAUGGGUUGCAAAACCUAUCAUGGAGAAGACAACAAGAGAACACUUAAAACCCAUCCUUGAUUCAAUAGUGGCAAGGAAGUUGCAAGAUGCUGCUGAUCGGAGCGCAACACUCACAGCACCUCACAUCCCACGUAACAUUGCUACAAAACCUCGGCCUGCCAAAGCAGAUGUCAUUGCAAAGCACACAUCAAGAUUUCCUGAUUCUAUAUAAACACACAAAUACAUAUUUUAUUGUUGUAAUACCAAAAAGUGCAAUGUAUGUAUAAUACAGGUUAGCUUUAAGUGUUUGGAUUGAAUUCAAUCAUAUUAUUUGGUUUUUCUAUCAAUCUUAAUCCUUACUCUCUUGGGAGUGGCUAAACUCUAGUCCAAAACUUUUCAAACUCUAAUAUGUGAAUUCACAAAAAAGGACUCAUUUUCACCAGUAAAGAGAUGUACCUGAAGAAAUUUCACUUGAAUGGCACCUCAGUUCUAGCCGAAGAAAUUUCACUUGAAUGGUCACCUCACAGAAUUUCAUGCACAGAGUUACGUUCGUGAUUUAAAAAUACAUUGACUCUAGGGAGAAUAAGGGCUAAGAUAAAUAUUUAUAUGUCAACAUUACAUCAAAGAGGGGACAAAUUUCGCAGAUGUCCGACACAAGUCAUGCUUUAAUCAUUUUUUUUUUUUUUCACUGAUAAAAAAUCCGGCUGAUUGCUCAUACAAAAUUGAAUUUAAAUACUGAAUAUUACUGUAUUACUACGACCGAAAAAUAACUGCUUUGCAACCUACAUGAUUUCACUUAUAAUAACAAAAUGCUGUUGAUUGUCCGGUCAAGAUUUUAUUUUCGAAAAAUACUGAAAAUUACUGUUAAAACUCGCUGAAAUAUUUCAAUUACUAUUUUGCAACCUUCUAAUUAUUCAAUAACCAAUUACUUUAAAUUUAAAAGGAAAUGCAACAAAAUGGAUUGAAGCAAAACAUCACAAUUUUUAUACAGAUAAGCUUAAUUUUAUUUUUUAGUUAGACAAUGUACAUGCAUUUGCGAAGGAUGAAACGAUCUGCAAGGAUUUUUAUGCCCGGUUGUCAUAAGGUAAAACAAUGUUUACUCGCCAAGACCAGGAUUGUUUACCUUGAAACUAACUUAGCUCGAGUUCUGCUUCCUUGAACCCGGCAUAUUGUCCAGUUUUAUCAGGAAACUCGUGUCGAAUGGCUUUCACAACACACGCUGGAAUCACUCGCCGAUUUUUCUUUCCUAAGGCGCCAUGUGCCCACCAUGUAAACUGGCGAUAAGCUGCUAAGCGCCAAGUUCUAGGAAAAUUGAAAAAGCAAAAUAAGCAUAAAUAGAAAAUAUUUACAGAGUACAUGCUUGGUGGUACGAUCCUUCGGGCCAAAAAAACAAAAAAAAACAAAGCAACAACUCACCUGUUCUCAAUGAGAUCCGGCAAGGGAUUACAGCGUAUGUUGUGAAUUGCCACUAGAGCAGUAUUUAACACGUCAGUAUCAAGGCAAACAAUCCUGAAUUUGGCGUGCUCCGUAAUACAUCCAACUCCUAACAGACAAAAACAAAUAAUAAAUAAUCGUUUUGACCGCGAUGUCCUUCUCAGUAUUCUUAGUGUAUACAUCGAGGGAAAAGAAGCGACCUAAAACAAAAACAAACCUGAUUCAUCGAACUUUUGAUUCAGUUCCGCCAGUUCUUGGCAACAAAAACACUCUUCCUCCGUUGCCAUUGCCACGCAUUCUCCACAAGAGCACCAUUCGGUGCUGCCGAUUCUUCCUCUCGCAUCUCGUUGAUUUGUAUCACCUGACUCACUUUCUUCCUCCAGAUCGAUUGGUUCUUGGCCAGGAGGAUACGUGGGUUCAAACUGAAAUGGUUGAACUCCGCUCAUUACGUUAAAUCGAUAUUUUUUACUGAAACAGACGCUGCGAGGAGAUCCAAAGGUUGAUGCUUUACACGCUUUUAAUAAUUCGGGGCGCCAUCUUGAAUUUUUAAUUUAUGACGUCAAUCGCGGAAAGAUUUCCACGUGGCCAACAUGGCUACUCAGGAUGAACCCGCAGUUUGUACAUGUACUGAGGUGAGUUUUCCCUUUAAAUCAAGUGUACUUUUGUAAACACAAAUGUCUUUAGUGGCGAAACAAAAUUUAAGUUGGUGCUUUUGAAUUUAUUUCAGCUUUCGUCCGAGGAUAUUCCAGGAUCAAUGAUAUCGAGGGCCGAUUUAGAAAAAUGCAAAAAAAGCGAAUUAAAGUUCUGGCUUAACUGCCGUGGCUUACGUUAUAAGUCAACAGAAACAAGAGCUGAACUUCUUUCAAGGUAAACGUUUAUUAUAGACCAACUUGUUUUUAUUUUUGAUUGUUUAUGCGGCGUUUUUGUCAAACGAAAACGAUAACAUUAAUGCGAUAAUUAAGCUUAUUACCGACGUGACCUCUCUUGAAGGUUUGUAAGUUUGUUUGCACCGAUUACCUUUCAAAAUGUACUAUAAUACUAUCUCCAUUGAAUGUUUCUGUUUUCGAUCAUUAGCGUUUAAGUAUUUAUGUAUCGCUUUUAGGGUAAGACAGAACUUGGAUAAAGAUUUUAUUCUGAUCGACCCUGAUCCCGGGAAAGCAUACACACGAGCAAAAAAAGCAAGAUGCAGAUUUUGUUCUGGGGAGGAGCAGCUUAGAAAUCCAGAAAGCCAAGAGCCCGAAGCACUGGUUACAGAUACAGAUGUAGACGUUGAAGAGAGCUGGAGUACUGAUACCUCAGUUCUUCCAAAGCGUUUUUCUUACCUUAAUAUUGUUGAACAUGCCAAAAAACCCGGAAGAGAAGCAAAAAGCUAUGUUGAAAAGCCCCUCGAAAAGGGGUACAAGUUUUUCUAUGAAAAUUAUUGUCACGAUGUUUUAUGUAAGCUUGAAGAAAAUGAAAUCCAUGUAAAAGGGAAGUGCUUUAGAUCACAAAAGAAAAAUGAAAGGCCUCAUAAUGUUACUGUGAUACUGUUAACUACUGGAGAUGUUAAGGGGGCUAAGUGUUCUUGUCCAGCAGGUGCAAAUGGGUAUUGUAAUCACACCAUGGGUUUAUUAUAUCUGAUUGAUCAUGUCAUUAAAUUAAAGGCCCCUGAAUUCCCAAGAAUUGGAACAUGCACAGACAACCCCCAACAGUGGCAUAAACCAAGAACCCAGGGUAUAAACCCUGAACCUAUUAUGGGAUAUAAUGUGAUCAAUCCUAAAUACAGGGACAAGAGCUCAGAGGGUUUAAAGUGUACUUUUUAUGAAGCCAGACAACCAAUGGUCCAAAAUAACGUGGGGGCAAAUAAUUUAUUUGAUUCACUGAAAAGCAUUAAUCCUUCUUUAGGAUUCUGUACUGUGUUUGAACAAAAACCUGCAACGAUUCCAACUAAAUUAAAUGGACACAUGGUUCCAUGUGGUAGUGUUUUAAGCUACCAGCUCUCCCUAACAGAAGCAAACUUCAAUGUUUUAACAAAUUUUCCAGUCUUGCAAAGACCCAGAGCUGUUGGUGACUACUUUCCUGACCUCCCCAUUGAAACUAAUGUACCAGCUGGAGUGGGAUUGCAAAUGCCCCUUUCUUAUCAGGAGGACCGGUUUAUUAGUCAUUUGAAUGUCCCUAAUCCAUCUUUGAUUGAACGAGAAACUAGAGGUCAAAGCAACAACCCUUUGUGGUUUCAAAGUAGAAGACUAAGGUUAACUAGUAGCAAUUUUGGACUUGUUUGCAACCGAAAACUUAACAUAUCUCAAACAAAGUUUGUUCAAAAAAAUUUGCUGUCACCAAAGGAUCUUUCCAAUGUGCCUUCUAUAAGGUACGGGAUUUCAAACGAGGCUAAAGCAGCAAAUAAGUAUGCUGAAUACAUGACAGGUAUUGGACAUGGCGUUCAGGUCUUAGAGUGCGGUCUUGUCGUAUCCAGCACAAUGCCAUGGUUGGCUGCUUCACCAGACAGAAAGGUGAUAGAUAAAAUAUUUGGUUUUGGUUUGGUAGAAAUCAAAUGCCCCUAUUCAUUAAGACACCUGACACCUGAGGAGGCAUGUGCUGACCCAAGUUUUUAUUGCCAACUAGUUAAUGGUAAGCCUGAGCUUAAAAAGGAUCACCCUUAUUACUAUCAAGUACAAGGCCAGAUGGGUUUGGCAGGAUUAAAGUGGUGUGAUUUUCUAGUAUUUUUUCAGAAAGGCCUUAUUGUACAGCGAAUAAAGUUUGAUGAGCCAUUUUGGAAGUCAAUGAUUACUAAACUAACAAACUUUUAUCAGCUGCAUGUAAUGCCAGAGGCCAUGAAGGUUUAAGUCUAAGGUUUAGAGAACCAAGGGACACCACUCUUAAAAGUUUCCACAUGACACUAACUCUUUAUUAAACUGUUCUAUAUUAUCAGUUUUAAUGUUGUAAUGGAUAUACUUUGUAUGAAAAAGGUAUUUUAAACAUCACCUGUUGAAUAAAAUGUUGACAUACAAGCAUUCCAUCUAGAAGGCUCCUAGGUAAGUUUAUUUUAUUUAGUAGCUCAGAGACUUUGAUAGGGCAAUUGGAACACUCAGCUACAUUUGAAUCUGUAACAUAAGGCAAACAUGACACUGAUAAUUACUCAAGAGAUACCAGAACAACUACAAAUCUACUGUCAUGAAAUGAUCGGUUUUUGAAAAAGAGUCAGCAAUCCACAUACAGUCCAUAACUGGUUGAUAGAGCCAGCCAGAGAUAAUGGAAUAACUUGAUCAAAUAGAUGAAAGUUUUUAAUCUUAUUAAUGGCCCUUUCAACAUGUAUUCUCUCGGCAGCUAUUUGCUGUGUCUCUAGGAAAAAGAUGUGAAAGCAGUAGUUAAUGUUUGUACGAAAAAAAAUGGAAUAAAGCGAUUCAGACUGACCUGUCUGGGUCUCUCUUCCUGACAUGAUGAGAUCUCACGAGUCACAACUCAAUGAUGGCGGCUGAAAUCUUUCCGCGAUUGACGUCAUAAAUUAAAAAUUCAAGAUGGCGCCCCGAAUUAUUAAAAGCGUGUAUAAGAACGCGCUACUGUGCGAUUGCGAGCCUUCCCCAUACCUUACGUCAUAACAUGCCGCUGACAGUUAAGAUGAGCCCACGAUGAUCGGGCCCAAAAGGCGCGAAAACCAAGACUUCAAAUCGAUUUUUUGAGCAAAAAAUAAUAAACGAACCAGAAGAAAGAGCAAAACUCAAUUUUUUACACCUACAGCCACCUAAAAAAAAAUACAAAAAUGGAGGGAUUUUUUACUUCAGUUCUCCUUUAAAAUUCAGCUUCAGAAAAAUUUGCCAACAUACAAAUUGAACGAGGUGAAACAAUAACAAAGGUUUGAGAAUGCGUUAAACAAAGGUUUAAAGGUUCUUCCUCGGUCACGUUUAAUGAGUCACACCGUAUGUGGUAAGUCACGUGACCAGAACAUAAAAAACAACACUCUUUAAAACCCAAACGUCUUGCAUCUUUCAGAAUAAAACCAAUGCCAAUGGCUUAAGAAUAUCGCAAUAAAAAAUCUGUUUUACUAACAAGUUUAACGUUCGUUCUCAAAAUUCACAUUUAUCGAAAAAGCUAUGACGUCAUUGAGGGGUAUUUUCAUACAUUUUCUUUAAAAGACUUUCUUGCUUUCGUCUGAACGCUAAUUUCAUGCAACAGAUGUCAAAAAAAGUCAAGUUGCUUAUGAUUCGCCAAAAAAUGGAUUCUCUUUCCUUUGAACUUUUGCGCUUUUUCAUUUCUAAAGCGGGAUUGGGGACUGGCACUAGUUGCGCAUGUGUAAUGUCCAUUUAGUGUUGUCUUAUCUUCAGUUUCACGGUUCCCACUAUGUUAGCGGUUUAAGACACGUGAGAAGUAAUAACAAAUAACAUAACUUACCUUAACAAAAGAUGAAAAAGGCAGAUAACAAAACGAUAUUCAAAGGAGAGCGAGGAUAGCGAAAACUCGUGCCAAAUAGCCAAGGAAAAUGGACUGGGAACUAACAUCUGUCUCUAAUGGCUCACAUGAUGACUCGCAUGACUCGCUGGCUCAACUCGCAUGACUCGCUGGCUCGCUGGCUCGCAGUUUGUCAAGACCCAAACCAACCUCGAGUCAUGCCCAAAUGAUGCAUUUUAAUUUCCAUUUUUGAAUUUCCGGGCACAGAGAAUAGCAAGUUUUUUGUACAAAGUUACAGUGGGUACCAAUAAUUUGGUGUGAAGAAUUAUGUAGACAUGCAUAAUUUGCCAUAUUAUACACAAACCGCCUGAUAAUUGUGUUUUUCUUGGAUGAUACUGGCAAAUAAAGCCAACUGGAUCACCACUAUUCCAUGGUUUUGUAGUUCAGAAGUUUUGUUUGACAGUUUUUUGCAGGAACAUUUCACUCUGUUACAUUGAACAUUUCAGAUCAACUGGGACUUUGAACCACAGGGUCGAUCGUCCACAGGAGUUUCGUGUGAAUCAAUAAAUUGCUUAUCAAACUCAACCUACUUUAAAGUCUCACCUUGAAAAAUGUCUAUACCUGUCGCUUCGCACGAUUAAUUAGCCCAAUGAUCUACUGCUUUGCGUAUUUUAUACUGUAAGCCGAUCUCGCGAGCCCUCAGUCUCUUGGUUUGCGGUCUAUACCAUGCGUAACGAAACUGUAAGGCGAUCAAAAUAGCCCAUUUUUCAGAGGUUUUCGACGGGUUUUGAUGUUCUAUAACGACCAACACAUCUCCUCUGGACCCUGUAUUUGAACCCUUGUCUUUGUGAAGAAAUGCUAUAUGUAAUUAUUUUUCUUCUGUAGGAUGGAGACUUUAACUGGGAUCAAAAAACACAAGGUAAUCUAGAUCUUUGCAGAUUAUUGUUCAGUGAAUGCCUUGACUUGAUAAUUAAUACAAGAAGCGUUGCCUCCCUUUUCCAGCUACAGGAACUGCAAAAUAGUGUUACUCACCAGAUAGAACUCACAGCUAGUUACUAUCCAUUCAGACUCUCUGUACUGUCACAAGCGAUGUAGUCAUAGCGUCUUUAGAGUACUUGUUACCUUUCUACAGCUUGUGACGUGUACAAAUUUUUUUUGUUCUAUCCUGUAAAUUGAAUUGUUGUUUUAUUAUAAGUGAACUGAGUUAUUCUGAGAUUUCAUCUCAAGUGUAUUUUAAAGAGAACCAUAAUACUUUAAGAAUUUCCAAAGUGCACUAAUAUGUUUUUGGAGGGCGGUAUUGAAGAAAAAAUGAAAAAAUAAAUAAUAAUAAUAAUUUAUAAUAAUAAUAAGCUGGGCUGUACUUUAGCAGAACUCAUUGGCUUCUGGCAAAUACAUGCACAAUAAAUUUUUAUUCUGAGCAUCCAUUUUUCUUAGGUUUGCAAAUCAAUGAUUUUCAUGCAGUUUUUGUUGGAGCCAGCAGCCCUUUGUCAAAGUACAUUGCAUGGGAUGCAGUAUUGGACUAGAAUGUGGGCGGGUGUCAUUCUUUCGUCAGAGCCAUGUGCGGCAGGCAAAUAGUGAAAUUAUGCAAAUGAGGGGUAAAAAGGAGGAGAGAUUGGGGUGGAGGGAGAAUCAAAAAAUGACUUUUUAUUUCGCUCGGGCUUCACCCUCAUUCCUUGCAGCUUUGCCACUCGAUCCGCCAUGUGCUCAUGAUCUUCCAUUCACUACCUUAUCCUCUCACAUGCUCAUGAUCAACUGUGACUCAAAAGAAAAAUAAGGAGUGGCUUGCUGUCUUUAUUGGAGAAACCUUAUAUGGUGAAACCUGCGUUAAGUACACACCCAUUACCAUGUGGGAUAUCAGCUUGUGUCUGCUUUCCUAAAGUUGUCUGCAUUGAUAAAUGUGUUUCUAAUCAGAAAUGAGGACAAAGACAUUUAGAAAUCACUGAUUGAAAAACAAAAAUAAUAACAGUAAAUUAUAUAAUAAUCAGUGGUAGAUCCAAACCUUCCGAUGAGGGGGAAGCCCAGUCAUCCACAGCCUGACAAAAAAAAGGGGGGGGGGGGGUCAGGGUAGCCGGGUCUCAACCAAAAAAUCUUUCGGCCUCAGUUUGGUCUCAAAAUAAGGAGGGGGCCCAGGCCCCCCAGGCCCGUUUCCCUGGAUCUGCCACUGAUAAAUAUAAUAAUAGUAAUAAUAAUACUAAUUAUUAAUAAUAAUGAUGAUGAUUUAAAGGAAGCUUACUUACUUGUCAUUAGCAUAUCCACACGGAGUGCGAUACUCUAGUCUAUGCCUAAUCUGAAUGGUUUAUCACAAUUGCCAUUUUCAGGUCUAGGACUGGAGAGUUUGAAUUUUAUCAUGUUACUUCAUUUUAAUUGCUCAAAAUUGCAGCCUUCCAUGGAGGGUAAAUGAAGAACCCUUUUGUGGAUGUGCUACAUUGCACUAUUAGUUGUUGUUAUUGUUGUUGACUGUACAAGCAGUUUCUUGUGUGCCAUAUUGUAACCUCAUCUCUCUUCUUACCUAACAUGAGCUACAUUGGUUAGCCAUUUAGGUGUUUAGAUACUCUAGUCUAUGCCCAAUCUGAAUGGUUAUCACAAUAUUGCUGUUUUCAGAUCUAAAGGAGUUUGAAUUUUAUCAUUUUAUUUCAUUUUGUUCUGGUAAUAUUGGAUAGAGGGUAUUAAGAAUCCCUUUGCGGAUGUGCUACAUUGUACUAUUAGAUUCUUAUUUAUUGAUCAGAAUACUUUGUUUUUGGCUCUUUAUAGGUCUAAUUCUGGGUUCAUUUUUCUUUGGCUAUGUCAUCACUCAGUUACCAGGUGGCUGGCUAGGAACACGGUUUGGUGGGAAAUAUUUGUUAGGCCUGGGAGUGCUUUUCACUUCUGUGUUGACAAUUUUCACUCCUCUUGCUGCACGUCAUAGUGUUGGGAUGUUAAUUCUGGUGAGAAUACUGGAAGGAUUAGGAGAGGUAAACUAUUAAGUUGCAAACAUUUUGUAGUGGAUUUUAGUACUAACUAUAAUGUUUCCUUGCUUGCGUGGCAGGCAAAAAAAAAAAGAAAAGGGGAAGGGGGAAUUUAACUGCAAACAAGAGUGCGAGGGGCACGCGUGGAGGGGAAACAAGGGAACCCCUUUCUUCCCACCCCUUAGAGACCCUGGCAUCCUUGCGCACCCAAAUUCCCCCUUCCCCUUCUUAUUUUAACGCCUGCUACACAGGCUGUAUUAAUCCUGUAAAACCCAACAAAGGGAAAGAAAAGGUCAAAUGAAAACACAGUUAUUAAAGUGCAAUGUUUAUGAAACCCAUUAGACUCCUUUGUUGUAAGGUUUUUUCAGCUUUUUUGGGCCUAACCGUGCACAACGUUCUCUAGCAUUCCUAUCAUUUUGAACUUACAGGACAAUAGAAACAUCGCAUUAAUUUAUUCAGUCGAAAUUUGUGAACAAAAAACAAAGGAUUGUGCAUGGUCAAGGAGUGUCCAGCAUAAGCUACAGCACUGUUGCGUCGUUCCCAACUUUGAUUUUUCCCAGCUUUCAUAACCAGUCUCCUAUACUAAUUAUGAUGAAAAGUAAAAAGCUAUUCUAACUGAAGGCAAUCCUAAAUAAGCCCGGUUAUUAGUUCAAAUAAAGCAGAUGUAUGUGUAUAUGGAUUUAUGACGCAAGUUUUUUACCUACCUCAUGAAUGUAAACUUUGAAAUAGCUUCGCUGUUUACGUGCUCAAUACUCAUCUGCCAGCCCUUAAAAGUAACCUUCUCCCCACGAUAGAGACCAUAUUAAGAGUGGGAGAUAGAUUUUUCAUGAACAGGCUCUAUGAAAAAAGGCUUUUCAAUAACAAUUCGCCCAACUAUUCACAAUCCUCUCUUGGGAAUACCCAAGAUAAAGUAAGCAACCGAAUCUCAAACUACAUUGCUGAUGAAGUUCGAGUGAUUCGAACUAAAUUUUCGUUUUGUUUUAUAAAUCAAUUCAUUAAUUUUAUCUUUUAAUUUUGUGCAGACUUUCGGAAAUAGUUGUUGUUUUAUCAGGGAAAAGCCAUAAAGAACACACGGGAGAUUCCAGGAAUCAUGUGUACAGCUAUUUAACGGCAAACGUCAGAUUCAGGUUGACAAUUCGAGUUUCAAAUUAGGAAUAUCAGCAAAGAAAAAAUGUUGAAAGUAAGUCAUGUGGAUGAAACUAAAAUGAAACCUAUUGCUGUGCCUUAGAAGAGAUUGAAUUUGGCCACGUGCAUGGUGUAAAUUGAAGUCUGCCGUUUGCCGUAAACGUGAUUCUGAAUUUCUGUAAAGUAUCAUUCCCAGCUAAACCUAUGUAAUAGGGAUUUGCUUUCUUACAUGUACCUUUAACCCCUCCUGUCUUGUUUAUACUUAAAGCAGUGCUGUUCACAUCAGUAUAAUUUAGUCUGUACAAAUAAACAGACACUUGAAUUAAAACAUCGCGCAGAAUGGCUAUUGUUCUCGGCCAUUGUAUUUGUUGUUGUUCGUCCUUCGAAAGUCGAAGAUAACCAUGUCGAAGAUAAACUUCGUGGCCGUCUUUGAUGCAUGUCUUUGAAACGUUUCUUCUGCCCCAAAAGGCCACUUGCCUUGACGGAGUUUUCCAUACAAUACCUGCUUUGGUAGUCGGCAACCAGGCAUUCUGGCGACAUGGCCUGCCCAUCUUACCUGGGCUCUCUGUAGGAGGGUGUCAACGCUGGGGAUGCCCGCCCUUUCUAUGACCUCCAUGUCAGGAUUUUUGUCUUCCCAUCUAAUGUGGAGCAGCCUGCGGAGGCAGCUCAGGUGGAUAUCUUUAAGCUGGUUGGCGUGUACGUGUCUGCUGUACACAGUCCAGGUCUCACAUGAGUAGAGAAGAGUGAUGAGUAACACUGCACGGUAAACCUUCAGCUUAGUAUAUAGAGAGGCUGAUGGCUGUCUGCUCCCAGACAUUCUCCCGGAGUCUUCCGAAGGCGACGCUGUGGCCCUAGCAAUCCUGUUGUUGACUUCAGCAUGUCGAUAUGAACCACUCUUGAGAGUGUGCUACCCUGGUAGGUGAAGUUGGCAACUACCUGUAAGUUCUGCCCGUUAACCGUAAUGUGUGGUUCCUGGUAAGGCUUUCCAGGUGCAGGCUGAUACAUGACUCCAGUCUUUUUGGUCAGGCCGAAGUUGUCACAGCCUUGACAUAAGCAGUUCAUUCCAUGCUGCAUUAUCUUCUGUGUGUUGGCGCUGAGGGCACAGCUAGUCAUCAGGAAACAAGACGUCUCUGAUGACAGUCUCCUCCUUUGUAGUAGCCUUCAAGCGCCUGAGGUUGAACCAGCCCGUCGUCAGUCCUGUAUAUGACCGGUAUUCCGUCUUGGCAGUCAUGGAAGGCAUCAGUCACUUUCACUGGAAAGUAUUCUGACUCGUCUCCGUCAUGUCCAGAACUUUAACCAUCAUGCCUUCGUGAAACUGUCGUACGGUCGUUAUGAAUUUGCUGGGACAGCCAAACUUCUCCUUUGUCUUCCACAAACCGUCUCUGCUUACCGUAUCGAAGGCCUUGGUCAGGUCAGCAAAGGUCACAAAGAGGUGGCUAUUCUGCCCUUGGCAUUUUUCACCUACAGUCGUAUCACAGGUGAAGCGUGAACUGAAUCACUUUCAUUGGUCGAAGUCUGUGCGGUAUUUCCUUUGUAGUGAAUACCGCCUUGCAUAUCAACUUGUAAUAGAGCAGAGUAAAGAAAAGAAAGGCCAUGGAAGCUAUUAUUUAUUCUCGGCUUUCAUUCCCUGGUAUCUCACUUUAAAUGGCUCAUGUAGUGCGUGCUUACAAGCGGUCAUGAAUAACUAAUGAUGUCCACUCAUUCUGCGCGAUGAUGUCCUGAAAGGCGUAUUGUGAAAAAUUCCUGUAAUGUCAUGUUCCCUGCAGGGUGUAACGUUCCCAGCUAUGCAUGCCAUGUGGAGCUUUUGGGCCCCUCCCCUGGAAAGGAGCAAACUGAUCACUUUUUCUUAUGAAGGUAAGUACGUUUUAAUCCAGUUGUUAACUACCACCCGGUGAACUCAGUUGGAAAAAUGCCGGUUUGGUGAGCUGGAGUUCGUACAUAUUUGGAUUCGCACACAACCCUCCAUAUUCACUCCGGUCAAAACAGUAAAAUCUCCCAAGCAACGUUCGCCAGAAAUUAGGGGUUGCUCAUACGUUUUACGGUCAAAAUUAGUGAGGUUAAGCAAAGACGUUUUUCAGCGACGCACACGUCAACCAGAAGUGGAUCAAUUCUUGAGCAGUUUUUUUGCCCAAAUUUUCGUUCGAAUCGCCUUGAGACUAUAGACUCUUAGCAAUACAAAUUUGGAAGCGUUAUGGCUGAUUAAAAGAGAAAGGGGCUUACUUAAACGCCUUUACUUAAGCUCCCUAAUAAGAGAUAGAUGCACCUCAAGGUUAGAUGUAAACAAGUUCAGUGCAAGAAUAGCUGUAUAUUUUUCUGCCUUUCGUAUCACAAAGGGAAAGAACUUGGAACUAUUCUUGGCAUGCCAUUGGCAGGAGUUCUCUGUGCGUCUGACAUCUGUGGAGGAUGGCCAUCUGUAUUUUAUGUCUUUGGUAAGUAUUUCCCCUGCAAUACAAUGAAUAAGGAGCCCUCCCUCUUUGGUAUACCUAAUUGCCAAUGAUGACAUUUCUAUUUUUAGAGACAUCUCUAGUGGAGACCCAGACAUAACUGAUAUGUAGUUAGUGCAACGCGGUUGAACCGAAUUCCGCUAUAAAGAGCUGGGAAUGGCCACCAAAUAGAGUGUAAUAUAUAAAAAAAUACUACUCGUUAAUGAACGUUACCAAAUUGUUUGAAAUUGGCAAUUUUCCAUAAAAAAAUUGUAGAAUUUACCAAACUCAGCAUGAAAAAGGUGGCUAACCGAAGAAAAAAGCAAUUCUCAUGUUGACGUUAAGUAAAGCAGUAAAGGGACAUUCAAAAACGUAGCAAAUAAACUAUGGAAGGCAUGGAUGGUCGAAACUAAAGAAGAUGAAACCGACUGCAGUGAGUGGGGCUUUUGAAACCGUUUAAUCUGACCGCCAAAGUGAAAGUUUAUAUCUGUUACUAUAACCUUAAAUAAUCAAUUGCAACCUCGGGAAGACAUAUAUUUGUUUGUUUUGGAGCUGUAAGUUUGUCAUUUACAAGUAACUUGAAUUAAAUGUGUGAUUUAGGUUGUGUUGGCAUUUUAUGGUCUUUCAUCUGGAUGAUGUUUACGUACAACAGACCAGCUAUUCAUCCAAGAAUAUCCAUCAAAGAGAGAGAAUAUAUUCAUGCUACCAUAGGAGCAGAACAGGACAAAGGAAGAAGAGUACGGGAAUUAUGCUAUCUUUAUUUAGUGGCACCCUUUUGUCGCUAAACAUAACUAUAAGAAAAUUCAGCACUAAUAGAACAGUGUAAUGGGACAGUACUCACCAUUGCGCGUGCGCACUUGAAUGGCUUUUUGAUUCCGCACGUAAGUCAUGCGCAGAAGAGCUUUGGGUCGAGAUUGACUGCUAGCAAAAAAGCUGUCGGAAAUUCUUGUGUUUUGAUUAAAAAAAGCCUAAAAUUUCGCAAAUUCACUACAGCUAUGAUCAAUUCAUUUGGUAACAGAACGUUGUGUUAUCCAAUUCGGUCUGUGAUCAUACUCGUGAUUAAACAAAUCGGACUCCAGCGGUUUCCGAUUUUGUUAAUCACUCGUACUCAUUCCUAUUACAAUUAUUAAUCAUUUUGUUGACUAUUUGGCCAGUUACCCUUGUUUCUUACCAAUAAAUGAAGACGCCACUACUCGUGUCUGAGAGUGGUAUCCUGUUUCCAGGUGAGCGUGGUGGCAAGCAUUUCAGGGGAAGGGACUUGGGCGUCUUUAUUCCCAUUUUUUUUUUCUCCUCAGGGAUGGUUUGCAUUUUCAUUUGUUUCCAUUAUUAAAGUCGCCUUUUAGGGCUAAAGUGCAGAGUUUUGGUGAGGAAUAUUUGACAGUGAUUUCACAAACUUGUUGAUGUAGCAUAAUUUAUUGUAUUCUAAUAUCGGGAAAUCUUGUUCAGAUAUUGAUAUAAAGAAAAGAAAUACCGUACUUCACCGAUGUAUCGGUGUAUCAUCGAAGCCCUAUCAUUUUGUUCACAAGUUUUUUGGCUUCCCUUGUUUCUUAGCAAGAAAGGAAGACGUAGUGGCUUUAUGCGACUGAGAGUGGCUAUCCUGUGUGGAAGGGUUUGAGGAGAUUAAGGGACUCGCGUGCCCUUAUUGCUCCCCUCCCCUGGUGUUACCCAUUGCCCUCCACUUCAAACGCCUUUCACGCAUACUAGCUCCAAACGUUCAAAUAGGCUUGCCUGUGUGCCCUGCGACACUCCCAGUAUUCCCUAUUUCCUUUCGCUUUUCAACAGAGCAAGGGUGGCAAAUUGUACGGAAAUUUCCCACGAAAGUUCCCAGAAGGCAAGAAAACUGAAUUGUUGAAUUUCCAAAAGGCGAACGAUUCGGCAACCGAAAUGGAAUGAAUGGAAACAAAACUUCCGGGAAGAAACUUUUGUAAAGCUGGGUACACCUCGCGUGGUUGUCCUCUUCUUUCCGAAAUUUUGGCAAUUGCUGGUCUGUUUGAUACUGGAAGUUGCCAGAAAUUUAAUCAGGAGAUUUUAGUUGAAUGGAAUUUGCGAGGUGGGGGGAGGGGGUAGGGUGGAGGAGUGGCAGGGGUUUUUCAGGGUUUAGGAAUAUGUGACCCACUAACUACAUUGUUAAUUUUUUCAGAAAUAUGGCACCCCAUGGUUUGCAAUCUUUACUUCACCAGCCGUCUGGGGGAUAAUUGUCGCACAUUUCUGCAACAACUGGGGUUUUUACACCUUUCUUACUUGUUUGCCGUCGUAUUUCAAAGAAGUUCUCAACUUUUCAAUUUCUCAGGUGAGAAUUAAAGACGCAUUCAUGAUAGAUCGCUUGUGGAAUGGGUACAAAGACGGGCAAUCUCGCACCUAUUUGAAAGAUUGUCUUUGAUCAGCUGGAAAAACAAUAGGGAUUGUCACAUAACAAUGCCCCUAUCCCCUGAAAACAGUGGAAGUGCAGGUUAAAGGGGACCAGUGAAAUAAAGGGUUUAGAACGGUGCAAGUCUGCUGACAAAGACUGGCGCCGAACCUCUCCGAUAUUAAGUGACGUUCCACUUUCGAGAUGGGAGUGGUGCGGCUUCGCUCCUACCCUGAAAUCACGCCGAAAUCGCUGUUUUUGUAUGUGGGCAGAAGCCAUACCCGUUACGGGUUUCGUGCAGACGCAAGAGUUUUCCGGUUUAGUGUAAAUGCCAUCAAAAACGGAAUGGUUGUUCCGGGACGACAAAAUGUGAUCGUAAGAUGGGGCUAUUACUGUAAAUGUACAGCUUACAAAUCCGAAUUUCCUUGUUGUCGUCCAUUCCACUUGUCAUCUUCGCUUGUGACUUAUGAGGUGUUCGGUUAGUACCCGAAGCCCUUAUUUUAAUUUGAUCACGUUUACAUGAUAGAUGAGGUGACCAUAUGAGAGAUUGUAUGGACAGGAAGGUACGUUACCCCACCUUAACGUGUUACCUCACCUACCUUGGGUCCCCCACCUCCAUGUAAACAGGCCCUAAAUCAAUCGGUUUCUUAAAAAUAUGUUGAUCAUUUAAAACUUUUAUUAUUUUAGAAUGGUCUUUUGUCUGCUGUUCCGUUUGUUUGUAUGUACGUAACUGCUAUCGGUUCUGGUCAGCUUGCGGACUGGAUGCGUGAAAACAAUGUAUUGUCCACUGGAGAGGUUAGGAAAGUCCUUGCUACAGGAGGUGAGUGCCUUCAAGAUCCACAUACAAAUUCUCCAGACUGAUCUCCAUACAUUUCUUUUAAGAAUAGUUGAGAGAAUUUGGUUUAAGAUCCUAGUGCCUUUGAUAAUGAAUUUAGUAAUUCUCAUAAUCUUUACUGUUGAUGAUCUGCUGAUGUUGUAAGGAGAAAAUUGAGGUUGGUCACUCUUGGGACCAAAGGAUUAAAAUGAGAGCACUAAUACAAAAGGUUGGUGAGGUGGUUGGUGUCUGUCAUUAACCUUUUUCACAUUGCCCAUAAUGCAUUUUGUUUUAAUUUACCCCUGACUUACUUCCACGUAAGAAUUGUUUUCAAUCCACCGUACGGAAAAAGUUGGCGGCUGUAUAUUUUACCACAAUUCCUUUGGAACCUAACACGGCCAAUUACACAUAAAGUCAUAGGAAGACAAUGCUUCAGAAUUGUGGGGUUAAACAUGUUUUAGUAAGAGUAGUAUAAAAAUGGGGCGAUUGUAGUCUCCUUUCUUGCUGUUUUAUGGUCAUUGCACCACGUUUCUGUCCACAAGCAAUAGUCAGUCAAAGGACUGACGACAGAUUGGGUUUCAUUUGUUGGUAAGUAGGUAAAUGUUUGAAUGGUUUGCUAACGGCCACCUCUCUACAGCGGCCAAUUUUUUGGCGGACAGUCCAUACAUUGACUCUUGUUUAAACCUCCCUAGAACGGCCACCUUUCUACAUCGGCCACUUUCUUCUGUUCUCAAGGUGGCCGUUGUCGAGAGCUUCAACUGUAUCUGCAUGUAGACGUUCUGAGAAUUCUUUCCAGUUUCACUUAGUGAUCUGUUUCUGUAUCACAGGUUACCUUAUACCUGCCUGCCUGAUGGUAGCUACAAGUUAUGUUGGCUGCAACUCCACCAGCCUGGCUGUUGUUAUAUUUUCACUGGCCCUAGGGGCCUCUAAUCUUAAUGCGGCUUCCUACCGUGUCAAUCAUUUGGACAUCGCUCCUAGAUUCUCGGGAGUUCUGAUGGGAAUCACAAACUCAGCGGGAACAAUUCCAGGGAUCAUUGGACCUUUUGUAGUAGGACUGUUAACAGACAAUCAGGUAUGUUUUUGGAGAAAUGAUUACGUUUUGUGCAGACGGGGCUGGUUCCAAGUAAUGGAUCUAAUCUGAUAUUGGAUCGCGCCAUUUCUGUUCACACGGGACCGAUCUGUUGACGAAAACCGGGCUGUUGUUGUCCCCUUUUUCGACAACAGCGAGUGAUUAGAGCAGUUUUCUACUAAGUCGGGCUUUCAAUACGGCACAACUAACUAAGAGUACGGGUGAUGCAGUCUUUUUAUUUGAUGAGAUUCGCAAACACAGUCGUCAUUGUAGCGUUUGAAAGGCUCAGGUUUUUGGCCGUUGUAUUUAGAGAAAAUACUUCAAUCUCAUUAAGUAAAGAAUUAAGAACUCAACCAGUUUGUCAACUCGGUCUAUCAACUCUCUCCCGGCCUCCAGGGUUAAAAAUAUAGCUUGGGAAAUUCCUGAAAUUUCCUUAGCUUUUCCUCGACAUCAAACCUUCAAUACCAGUAACGGCCUUUAUAGAAGUGUGCACUACAAUUCUAUUAGUUUUCACGGUUGCCUCUUCCAUUCAUCCGUCACACAUCAAAAACGCCAUCCUACGGGAUCAUGUUGUUUACACUUCGACAACUAUGUAGUUAGUUUGUAGUGACGACUCCAUUUUGCCCCGACAUAUCAGAAGGGAAAAAAGACCCGCUUUAUUUCAAUUUCAAUGUAUUUAACACGGAAGUAAUAACUGGGGACAGUGUUUUUAAGCCUCCUACUGGAGAGGGGGCCGCCAUUAUACGUGGUCAUCCUAGCCACUCGAAAUUUGCAGCGCAAAGGCAUGCAGUGCCUUCAUUUCUCAGUUAUUUUUUAAGACCUUGAGUAUUUCUCGGGCCCCGAGAAUCGAACCCGCGACAUUCCGCUCUGUAGUCAAGCGCUCUACCGACUGAGCUAAUCCCUCUUUUUCUUUUUUGUUUGUCUGUGUCUCAUGUUUGUCUUUCAGUUGGCCGUGUUGCCGGAAAGGAAUAUAACGCGAAGACGGUUUCUCCGAUCGAUGUCAAAACGCGAUCGCUUCACGCGCGUUAGAAGCUUGCAUCGACAUUAGCCUCUUGAGUUAUAUGUUAAAAGUUGUCAGUAACCCGAAAAUUACCCGCGUGAUGGUUAAUAAACUCGAUGCUUAAAACACAAGAGUCAAAAUGGAGCGGAGAGAAAAUGUUGAGUCUAUGGCUGAAAUGGAUCCUAUAGUUAGUAUUACCAACUGAAUAAAACCUCUUAAGCAGUACUUUAGCAUGGUACAAUUCGUUUUCUGUUUUUUAUCAUUUUCUCUAGAAAACCCUUUCGAACCGAGAAUUUGUGUAAAUAGAGGUUUUUAAUACCUCAUGAAAGUAGAAACUCACGGAAGAAUCGAUAGUUUCUUAGUUUGAAUUUUGGUGACGUUAUUGGUCACGUGUUUGGAUUGAAAAGGUAAACUCAAAUGCAGACGUUGAGACCCACAAGCGAAAACUUGCCGCGCCUUGUCCAUUGAAGAGACGGGUUACGUAACGACAUGAUUCAACUACCAGUUGACCUACAGCGCGUAUAUGUAUCAAACACGGCUCGGUUUCAUUAAUUGUAGUUGAUAGCUAACUGUCUCCUUUCCACAGCCGACAAGACUUCAGUGGCAAAAAGUGUUUUACAUAUCUGCUGGGAUGUACGUAAUCGGCUGGGUAACGUUUGUGCUUUUUGCGAGUGGUAAAGUCCAACAGUGGAAUACACCUUUUGAAGACAACUUAGCGCCAAUUGAUAUUCCCCGAGCUCCAAGGAUACCUGUUAUGGCGGACAUUGUGGCAAUAAAAAACUUGAACGAUCCGGUUACAGAAACUUCACAAUCUGCCGCCGAAUGCUAGGGUGGUUGCGACAUCAUCGGCCUAAGGUACUUGCAGGUUUGUGGACCAGCGGUUUCAGUGGCGAAAACAGUUGGUGGUUGGUUGGGGUAUACUUAGUCUUGCGGGCUCGUAAAUCUACCAUAGGCCGAUGUUAUUCUGCCUUUGCCUGCUGGGACGUGGAAUAUAAGUAACGAAAACGCAGAUUGUGGGCCUGGUACAUUUAACAAGAAUGAUUACAUUGUUCACCUCCCUUCCACAUGAAUAUCGUCUUGUUAAAGGAUAUCCUGAACCCAGAAAUUAGGCUCUGGAUAGGUCUUAAGUGAUCUUGAGCUGACUGAUGGUUAUAGUUGCAACUGUCAGCUGCGAAAUGAAGGGCUCUGUUACUUGUAACUGAGAUCCGAGAUCCCAGAGAGCCAAAAAUCCUGAGUGAUAAAUGAGGUACCAGCACUUCUUGCGGACCCUCGCUCUCUUUUACAGAAAAAAAGAAAAAAAAAGAAAUAACAUCAAAAUUUGGUUUAGAAAGCAAAUUUCUGAUAAAAAGAUUGUUUAAUUCCUUGAAUGAGGGAGCUGAAUUGGAAGCAUUUUUAUUAACAACCACAGAAGCCUAAAAUUGCAGGCCCUUCAGUAAGAUAACCUUUGCAUUCCAGCGCCGACGGAUGCAACUAGUCAGCGACUCUCUCUCUCUUACGCAGAGGCCUCUUUGUGUCGUAUAUAUAUAGAGUGUUUUCACUCACGUGGCCAGCAUCUAUGCAAAUUUAUUGGAACAAAAGAAAGCGUUUGCAUAAGAAAAGAGUUCAACUCCCAAAGGAUUGGUUUGGGACACCAACAUGGCCGCCGUUUCAUUGUUUUGGGACACCAAUAUGGCCGCCGUGACGUCAUGUGAAAACACUCUAUUG